AUGUCGGCUAUCCAGCAUCCGUUAUCAUUCGAUACACAGUCAAAUCUCAAGCUUGCUUCGGAAAAGAGCGAAGUAGCUACAAUUGCUCCUUCUGAAGUCCCCGAUUUAGAUAAUGCAUCUUUAUACAACUAUGCAAACAACGAUUGCGUAGGCGAUCGAGCGCUCCUGAUAACAAAAGCCUCGCUGGCCUCUUUACAAACAGUUGGUUCAUACAACUCGGGACAUGCACGGUGUCAUUCGGAAUCCGCUAUUCCAACCGAGGAUGGAUUGGCGACUCUUGAUAAAAUGAAUAGGCGCAUAACGUAUAACGACCUUAAUCUUAAACAACUGCCACAAGUUGAUUAUAUAGACCAACUUGAUAUUACGGGGAUAUACGGAGGAGCAUUAUUUCAUCAUGACAGUCCGUAUGAUCGUGCUCUUUCAUACCACUCUGAAGCGCCGGCACAAGCAUUUGGUGAAAGCAACGACGUUUUUCCAACACACAAAGACUCGUCAUAUUACGAAAAUUCCUAUGCAUCGUACGGACCCAACCCCGUCAGGUAUCGAGAUAGUUUUCUCGAGGGUUCAACGGCAUACGGAUUCCGAUCGAAAGAUGACGAUUUAGCCAAAUUCAAGAGAAAGAGCUUCUUCAAACGGAUCAGUCGAGCCGGAUUUCAAGGAAAGAAACAAGAAAACAAGGAAACGUAG